AAGAAAAAACAUUGCCCUAUGCCCCGGAUUUCCAAAGCACAGACCGGCGGGCUCCGGAGUCCGGCCCGCUUGUGCUCAGCGCGUCCCAGCCUAUCACAAGUGGAAGGCUGCGGCUCCUCCUCUUCGCUGCGCGCGGUCUUCUUCCCGGGAGCUCAGCCGACGGCCAGGUGCUUUCAUCAUGAACAAACGCAGAUACCCAAGUGGGGAUGCAAAAGAGAAACCAGCCAGCUCUUGCAAUGAGGUGCUUGAAAAGCAACAGAGAACUGUGGAGUUCUGGCUGGACAACAGAUCUGUACCAGCUACUGCUUCUACAUCAGGAAUUGAGACAACUUGUGAAGUAAAGGAAGAGCCUUUGGAAGCUACUGUUUCUUCAUCACGAGUUGAGUUGGCUUGUGAAGCAGCGAUAAACAGGCCUACAAGUACUGAUGAUAGAAUUUGUUUGCCUGCUGGCCUUGACAUAGAUCUAAAGGUACACAUAAAGACUGAAAUCGAAGAUGACACUGUAGGCCUAGAUCUGAAACACCCAGGGGAAAUAUCUCCACAUCUGCAAUUGACACAUGAUCCUGGCACUUGGCCUUCUGAGAUAAAUGACAAAACUAGGUGUUUUUUGAUAGGAAAAGGUCCUCAUCAGGAUCUAGAGAAAGAUUAUUCCUCCUAUAAAGAUGCACAUGGCAGACAAUUCAAUGCGAGUUGGUUUCACAAAGUGCUUGCAAAUGGUGAGAAGAUACUUAGAAGCUGGUUGAUCUUCAGUGAAAGGAAGCGGGCUCUGUUUUGUUUUGCUUGCCUCUUAUUCACGGAUAAAUCCAAACCUCUGGCUGCUUUUGCAGAUCUUGACAAGGGUUUUACCAACUGGAAACAUUUGAGUACAGCAAUUCCCAGUCAUGAAACGUCCAGCUUGCACAUGACUUGCAUGGUAAAAUGGACAGAGGUGUCUUACAAGUUAAAAUCAGGUGCCACUGAAAGUCAGUUGCAAGCUCAGAUGAACGACGACACCAUGAAAUGGUGCACAGUCCUGGAAAGGCUGCUAAAAAUUAUUUUGUUCUUGUGUGAAAGGAACCUUUCCCUGUGGGGAGAAGUGAAAAGGUUUGGCGAGCCUCGCAAUGGUAACUUUUUAGGAUAUGUGGAGUUUAUAAGUAAAUAUGAUCCUGUUUUGGAGCGAUAUGUUAAUUACGUAAAGGAGUCUCCAACCAGGAUGGACUCACACUUUUCAAGCAACAUCCAAAAUGAAUUUAUAGCUACUUUAGCAGAGACAGUGAAAACCACCAUAGUGGCUGAAAUUAAAAAAAGCAAAUACUUUUCAGUGAUGAUUGAUUGCAUGCCUGAUUUUUCUCCCACAGAGCAAACCAGCAAAAUCAUCAGGUAUGUGAAAUUGGUAGGUGAUAACUGGACAGUUGAGGAGUCAUUUUUAGGCUUUUAUGACUGCAAGGGCAAAAAUGGAGAGAGCCUGGCAGAGGAUUUAGAAGCUGAAUUAAAACAGGAAGGACUAAUAUGGGAUAACUGCCGAGGUCAGUGCUAUGACAAUGCAUCAGAUGUGGUGGAAUUUAAUGGAGUUCAAUCAAGAAUUUUGGCUAAAUAUGGAUCAUCGUAUUAUGUCCCUUGCUUUGUAUACAGUUUAAAUCUCACAGGAGUUCACGCGGCAUCACUCAUUCCACAAUUUCCCACAUAUUUUGGCACUUUGCAGCGACUUUUUGAAUUGUUUUCAAUCUCAAAUUAUUGUUGGGAUAUCAUGAGAAAAAAUCUGAAAAUUUCUAUGAGGCAAGACAGCUCAGCACGGUGGUCAGCAAAAAUGAGAGUUGUAAGAGCUGUCUCCAUGCAGUUGCCUGAAAUCCUCAACACGCUCACUGCCAUCAUGAAUGACACACACAUGCCUCCUGAGUCAGUGUAUCAGGCAGCAUCGAUAAAGCAGCAGAUGUCAAAGCGCUCAUUCAUAGUCAUCAGCUCGGUGUGGUGCCAGAUUUUAAAAGAAAUAGACCGAGUGGAUGUAAAGCUGCGCUCCAAGAAAAUCACUUUAACAGCUGCAUGCGGUCUUCUUAAAACGUUAAUUGAUACUGUGCACGGCAUGAGAUGUAAAAAAAAAUUUGAAGCGAUACUGAAAUGUGCCAAAGAAAAAGCCAGAAAGGUUGAAGUGGCCGCUGAAAGCCUUGAAGAAACAAAGAAAAGAAAACGCGUAAUGUUUUUUGAGGAAAAUUCAGAUGAUGAGGCCGAUACUUUAUUUGAAGAGGACACAUUCUCUAUUGACACCUUUUACAGAACGGUGGAUAACAUUGUCAGCGAACUGGAACGCCGUUUUAACGCUAUGCAAGACAUUGAGGAGAAGUUUUCAGUGUUAACCAUGGAGACUCUAGAAAGGGUGAGCAAGGCAGAGUGUUUUCAGAAGUGCAUGGUCCUUUCUCAAAUGUACCCACAGGAUCUAUGUGCCAUAUCUCUCUCUGAAGAGCUUCUUAGCUUUAAACAUUUCAUUAAGACCGUCUGUCCAGAGGCAACAGACCCAUUGGGUAUCCUGAAUGUCAUUGCCAAACAUAAUUUGAGAGAUAUGUUUCCUAAUAUCGACAGUGCUCUGCGCAUUUUCCAGACGCUUCCUGUAUCAGUGUCUUCGUGUGUGCCAUAUUUUCGUAAACGGAGGCAAAUAAAGAAUUACCUGAGAGCAACUAUGACUGAAGAGAGAUUGAGCAGUCUGGCCAUCCUAUCCAUAGAAAGCAAACUAGCAAAGGAAAUAAGCUUCAAUGCUGUUAUUGAGGAAUUUGCUGCGAAAAAUGACAGAAGACUCCCCAUUCAUUAGAUCCAGGAUCUGCAAUCAGGCCUGCACAUCUAUUGCACCUUUACUAAACCAGAGAAUUUGAGAACAUGGGAUUACAAGACUGGGACGAAAGAGCAAUAAGGCUGUUUGCAUUCAAAUCUACAAGUGUGUAUGCAAUUGUGUGCAUCCCUGUGGGUGCUGAAGAGAAUGGUGAUUUCCUGUUAAGUUGUAUGAGACCCGUAUGACACUUGUCUGCCAUGAAGCAAUAGCCGCAAGAUCAUCAGAUAUAUAUAUACUGGGGAGUCACGCAGGUUGAUUCCAUGCUUUGAUGUAAGUAUGGAAAGUUGUGUUUCAAAGAUAGGGUCGUUACUAUUGUAUUAUUUUUAUAGAUUUAUUUUUAUAGAUUUUGUAUAGACUUAGAGACGAUAAUGCAACCACAGGUGGGAGUUCCACUGUCAGAGCUGGACUGAGCUUCCCCACUCCAUAAGGAAGAGAGGGCUCCACAUGCUUCUCCUAAUUGUGCUGAUCUUACAGUUUACCAGCGAGUAGGCUGGCUCAGAUGGUUCUGAAUAGGGCAGGAGACCCGUCCCACCCUUGUUCAGGAGCUGUGUGCAUUCCGGUUUUCUGCUUGUGUGCAAGGGGGAAACAAGGUCGGAGGCGCCAGCAGUGAUUGCUAAGUAGCAGCUGGGCCAAAGUAGCGGUAUGCAGCUCUUUCACAAGGUCAGAGGAAAAGCCCUCCAGCCCAGCUGCUGCCAGCACCUCUGAGCUUGCUUUUCCCUCGCACAUGAGCAGAAAACGGGAGCAUGCACAGCAGUGUUCCCUCUAACAGGGAUUCCCAGAUGUUGUUCACUACAACUCCCAGCAUCUACGCCUGCAAUGGCCUUUGGCUGGGGAUUAUGGGAGUUGUAGUUCACAAUGUCUGAAAAUUCCUGUUAGGGUGAACACUGAUGCACAGCUCCCAGAUUAGGGUAGAACAGGCUGCUUACCCUAUUCAUAAUCCUAAGAGUGAGCCUAAUGUGUGUUCCAUGUUCGGUGCUGCAGGUUUUCAGUUAACAAGCAAGCCACGUGUUGUUGUUGUUUACAGUUCUCAGAAUGGUGGGUUUGGCCUAUGUUUAGGAAUGCAUCAGCAGUGAGCAUUCUACGGGCUUCGCUCUACUGCAUAAAUGUAAUAUCGUGGUCAGUGAACCGAACUAGCUUUCCAUCAUGAAACCCAGGUUAUGUAUGUGGUUACAGAUUUUUUUAAAAAUAGUGUUUGUAGAAUAAAAAAUCAGAAUUCCCCAA